GUCGCCAUGGCGACGGGCUGUACACUACCACAGCUUCCCAGGCCGCAGGUGCUGGUUGCCCGCCUGCGCGUGGUCAUGGCCUCCCAGCAGUCGUGGUGCCACAGCUUCUCGUCCGCGUCGAGUCCCAAGGUGUGCCAGAGUUGUGUACAUGAAACCAUCAUCACAGCCACAGCUGAACACUGAAUGGAAGUAUAGGCCCAUGGCAUUCUCUGGGCUCAUGGGGAGGAUGUCCUGCUGCUGCAGUAGUUGAUUACAGCCACAGCCUUCAGGAGUGACCAUGGAUGACUCCUUUCUCACAAAAGACAAAAGCACCCAGAAACACAAGCUUCCUCAGAAACGAAGGACACUGCUCAACAUUCUGCAAUGGACCUCAUCUCUCAUCCCUUCCGCCAACAUGCCAGGCACUGUGCUAGCUGCUGGGACGGUCACACCAGAUCUGCCAAGGUCCUUCAAGGCUGUGACUGCAUCUUUCUGUCUUCAUGGCCCUAGUAUCUCACGGUACCUGAAUGGCUGCCAACUGUUGACAGCUCCGUAAACGCUGAGUAGACUGGUCAGUUCUCCAUGGGUGGGCACCUGUCCCCAUGGCCCACAUUCACCAGUGGCCAGACCAUUUUGCAAAAUCGAAAACCCUGUUCAGAUGACUACCGGAUGCAAGCAGGGUAAGCCAAGGAGCUGCCAGCAACACCCCUUUCACACUGCCAAGCCCCAGUUCCUGGAGAAGCUGGAAACCUACCUACGCAAGGAGCUCCUCCUGCUGGACGUGGGCACGGAUUCCACCGAGGAACUGAGGUUGCAGCCUUACAGAGAGACCUUUGAGUUCUUCAUAGAGGACUUCAAAACAUACAAGCCAUUACUAUCCUCCAUCAAGAAUGCCUACGAGAGGAUACUGGCCCACCAAAGGGAGAAGAUUCGGGCUUUGGAGGCUUUGAAGGCCAAGCUUGUCAUUGUGAAUGAGGAAUGCAACGAGAGGAUCCUGGCCAUGAGGGCUGAGGAGAGACAUGAAAUCUCCCUGCUCAAAAAAGAGAAGAUGAAUUUGCUAAAAUUCAUCGACAAAAAGAAUGAGGAGAUGAUCUCAUUGCAGAGUCAGGUGACCAAACUGAGGAAGAACUUGGCUGAGGAGUACCUGCACUACCUCAGUGAGCGAGAUGCCCGCAAGAUCCUCAUCGCAGACCUGAACAAGCUGCGGUACCAGCAGGAGGACAUGUCGUUAGCCCAGUCCCCAGGCAUCUGGGGGGAGGAUCCGGUGAAGUUAACCCUGGCUCUGAAGAUGACUCGGCAAGACCUGACCCGCACGCAGAUGGAACUCAACACCAUGAAGGCCAACUUUGGAGACGUAGUCCCCAGGAGGGACUUUGAAACGCAGGAGAAGACCAAUAAGGAUCUUCAGGAGCAGCUGGACAGCCUGAGAGCCAGCUAUGAGGAGGUCCGGAAAGAGCACGAGAUCCUGAUGCAGCUGCACAUGAGCACGCUGAAGGAGCGGGACCAGUUCUACUCCGAACUGCAGGAGAUCCAGCGCACUUCCACACCACGGCCUGACUGGAGCAAGUGUGAAGAUGUGGUGGCCGGGGGCCCAGAGCGCUGGAAGAUGCUGGCCGAGGGCAAGAACAGCGACCAGCUGGUGGAUGUGCUCCUGGAAGAGAUUGGCUCGGGGCUGCUGCGGGAGAAAGACUUCUUCCCUGGUCUGGGCUACGGGGAAGCCAUCCCUGCUUUUCUUCGGUUUGAUGGCCUUGUGGAGAACAAGAAGCCAAACAAGAAGGACGUGAUCAACCUCCUCAAGGAUGCCUGGAAGGAACGUCUUGCAGAGGAGCAGAAAGAGACAUUCCCAGAUUUCUUCUUCAAUUUCCUGGAGCAUCGCUUUGGGCCCAAUGAUGCCAUAGCCUGGGCUUACACUGUUUUUGAAAAUAUCAAGCUCUUCCAUUCCAACGAGGUUAUGAGUCAGUUCUAUGCAGUCUUGAUGGGAAAGUGGAGUGAGAAUGUAUACAUCACCCAGAAGGAGACAGUAGCCCAGCUGCUGAAGGAGAUGACAAAUGCUGACAGUAAGAAUGAGGGGCUACUAACCAUGGAGCAGUUCAGGGAGAGGCAAGGACAGACCUCAGCAGGUCCCUGUUGGCCGUCAUGUUUCCCCCAUAGCACUAUCCUCAAGAGUACCUUCCCUCUCAAGACAGAAGAGCAAAUCCAGGAGCUGAUGGAGGCAGGGGGCUGGUAUCCCAGCAGCAGCAAUGCAGACUUGCUCAACUACCGCUCACUGUUUAUGGAGGACGAGGAGGGCCAGAGUGAGCCCUUUGUGCAAAAGCUCUGGAAACAAUACAUGAAUGAAAAAGCCGAGUAUUUACAGCAGCUAAAGCAGGAGCUGUGCAAAGAACUCCAUGAGGUGGUGACUCUGCCCAAGCUGCGAGGGGCCCUGAUGAGCAUCGACCCCAGCCUGGACAAGCAGACUGUGAACACUUACAUAAGCCAGGCCUUCCAGCUCCCUGAGUCACAACUGCCAGAGGAGGGUGACGAGAAGGAAGAGGGCAUUGUGGAAAUCCUCCAGACUGCCCUGGAGCGGCUUCAGGUGAUUGACAUCAGGCGUGUGGGGCCUCGAGAGCCAGAGCCUGCAAGCUAGGACCCUGCAGGCAGCCUUUGUACUCCAGUACUGCUAAGCGUGGGCUUUUAGUAUAAAAGUGUUUGUCUGAACCCA